GGAUUGGAUUGGCACACGACUGGCAAUCAAUCCUGGAAUCCACUGAACAAUCCUGGUAGCUUGCUUCAUCAUCCCCAAUUGUUGCUGGAUCCACCCCUGCGAGCUCCCACUUGGCCUUCUCAGAUAAACCCUGACUUCUUAAGGUUCUAACCGACUACCUCGUCCUGAGUUCUGCCACUUCGCCUCCUCCUUCCCUCUCGCCUUCCUUCCCCGCAUUUCCGGCUGGAAAUUUAGGCUCGGAUCUUCGACUUCCAUUUUACUCAUCGGUGGCUUUUCACCUAGCGAGUCGGAGCACGAGCACGAGGGGAAAAGGAAGCCGACGCAUCUGUCCUAGGGAUACGACUCGUCUAUCUUCUGUCGCCGCCUGGCUUUUACGAACAAGCACAUGCAUGCUUGUUUUCUCCUGCGCCGCCGUCUCACCCCCAUCUCGGCCAAAUCUAUUCAACUUGCGUCGGAGAGACUGCUCCAUCCAGGACGCGCACAGAUCUCCCUACCGUGGGACUCUAAUCAAAUCCCUUUGAUCUGGUCUCGGCCCUCCAGGCGACCCUUCUCCACUUCUCCGUUGUCACAACCUUGCGAACCGAGGAAGGCGUCGUCUUUCUGGUCAAUCACAUUCGCAUUACUCCUUGCUGGUGCAGGAGCCUGGGUACAUAAUAAAUACCGCGGUUCCAGAGGCGAUAUCCCUACGGUUUCGGCCUCUCUGGAAUUUGGACAAGAUUCACAAUCACCUUUCCUCGGUGUCAUCGAAACCCUGAAGACAAUGCCCAUGGAACCACAACCCGGAACUGUGGGGAACCUCACAGCGGAGCAGGAAGCCAAGCUACAAGAGUUCUGGGUUCUGCUGCUGAAGGUCUGCGGUAUCAAUCUGGAUGCUGUUGAGCCACUGCAGCAAGAAACCGGCGACGCCACCCCUUCAAGCGCACCCCAGGAGAAGAAGAAGCAGUCUAAACGGCGGUUCGGUCUUUUCGGGCGGAACAACACGGAAGAGGAGGAAGAUACCGCCAGUGACAAGUCGACCAAUGGAAUCACUUCCAGUAUCGCUUCCAUCAACAUCACCGACGGGGAUGACAAGUAUGGGCAGUCGAAGGAGUUUCAGCAGGCCCUUGUGGACAUGAAGCCCGAGGAGAUCCGGGUUACCUUCUGGAAUAUGGUCAAACAUGAUAACCCCGAUUCUCUUCUUCUCCGUUUCCUGCGCGCGCGAAAGUGGGAUGUCAAAAAGGCUCUGAUCAUGAUGAUCUCCACUCUUCGCUGGAGACUAUUGGAUGUGAAGUUGGAUGAGGAUAUCAUGAAGAACGGCGAGCAGCAUGCUUUGAAGCAAUCUCAGAGCUCUGAUCCCACUGAGAAGAAGGCUGGUGAGGAGUUCUUGUUGCAGAUGCGCAUGGGUAAGAGUUUCCUUCAUGGCGUGGACAAAUUCGGCCGGCCGAUUUGCGUCGUCCGAGUGCGCUUGCACAAGGCGGCCGAUCAGGACGCAGAAGCCUUGGACCGGUUCACUGUGUAUACUAUUGAGUCUGCCAGGAUGAUGCUUGCACCUCCGGUUGAAACAGCUUGUGUCAUCUUUGAUAUGACCGAUUUUUCUCUGGCGAACAUGGACUACCAUCCCGUCAAGUAUAUGAUCAAGUGCUUUGAAGCUAACUACCCCGAAUGUCUCGGAGUCGUUUUGAUUCACAAGGCCCCUUGGAUCUUCUCAGGAAUUUGGAAUAUCAUCAAGGGCUGGCUCGAUCCUGUUGUCGCGUCCAAGAUUCAAUUCACCAAAAAUGUUCAGGAUCUGGAGAAGUUCAUCCCCAGGGACCGCAUUAUGAAAGAACUCGAUGGUGACGAGGACUGGGCUUACCAGUACGUUGAGCCUCAGCCCGACGAGAACAAGCUUCAGGAGGACACAGCCAAGCGCGACGAAAUGGUGGCCGAAAGGCAGCAGCUCGCUCAAGAGCUCCAAGACGUUACCAUUGAAUGGAUCUCUUCGACGAAGAAGAAGGAUGAAAGCACCGUCAAGGCGGUGAUAGAAAAGAGAAAGGACCUGGUCGAUCGGUUGAGGGCCCAGUACUGGGAGCUUGAUCCGUAUGCACGAGCCACUUCCUUGUAUGACAGACUGGAUGUCAUUCAAGGUGGGGGUAAGAUCGAGUUCUAUCCCACCAAGAGCAAGGUCGAAGGCAACGCACUCAACGGCGAGAAGGCCGAGUGAUUCCGCAGGCUUCAUAUAUUAUAGACGGCUAGAGUGUGUUGAUAGAGGGUACAUGUUAUAAUAACGCUCACGCAGUGUGACAUGUAAAUACAGCUUCUACUUGUCUGGCAUGGAGCAUGUAUAAUUGUAUUGCGGUUUAUUUUAUGGAGCAAUGAGAUGUUUGUUAUG